AUGCGGUUAACGAGACUUCUGGGGCACGGGAGCGGCGCACUCGCGUCACUUAGCCACAACACCACGCCACACAACACCCUCGUCACGGCCCCGCACAACACUAUAAUCACUACACCGCACCACAUCGCGUCGCGUCAUACCACACUAUGCUAUGCUACUCCACGCUACAGUCUGCCACGCCACGCUUAUUCCACACUACGCUACACCAUGCUACACCACACCAAGGUGCAUCAUUCAGCGCCACGCCACACUAAACUACCACAGGUCACACACCACACCACAGUACACCACGUCACGCCAUACCACACGACGCGACGCCACACCGCACCACGCCACGCCACAGUCCACACACCACACUACCACACCACGUCGCACCAUACCACACAACGCAACGCCACACCGCACCACGCCACACCACGCCACGCCACGCCACAAUCCACACAUCACACUACCACACCACGGUACACCACUCCACAUCAUACCACACGAUGCGACGCCACGCCGCACCACGCCACGCCACGUUACGACUCCACAAAACAUCAUUGCCACUCUUACCUAAACUCACUAUAUCGCAGGCGUAUCGUGACUCUCCCCCCCCCCGACUCAUUUUUCACUAUCAGCGUUCGAUAUACGUUCCUGUAA